CUCCAUCUCCCAUCCCACCCCACCCCAUCUCUGAUCUCCACCACGACUAUUUCCAAUGCCCACAAGCUGACGUCACGCCACCGCGGCCGUGAUCUUGCCUAUAAACCCACAAGCCUCCAACGACACCCGAAGGGAACCCUCUCCUCUCCUCUAACGCUCCCCCCGCCAUGCACGCCGCCAUGGCUCAAGAAGGACCCGAGGUCUCGGUCGCAAGCUCGUCGACGGCCGCCCACAGCUGGUGGGAGUUCAACGCCAACCCCUUCUCUUGGAGCACCGUGACCCGGUACUUACCGCCGCCGGACCGCCGCCCCGACCUGGCAUCGACGUACGACGAAGCCGACAUGUCCAUCUCCAACGCCACCUCCUUCACUAACGCCUCCAGCCACUCCGCCCUCAGCAUCGACUCAUCGUCUGCUGAUCUCUCGGGAGAGCCGGUGGAGAACCACCACAUAUGGAAUCAAGUUCUACUAAACGUGGAAAAUGCUGGAGAGGCCGCGCGCAGUGGACAAGACGAUGGAGGAAGCUUUGUUGAGGUGCUGAGUUCAAGGAGGGAGUUGCUCGAACCUGCAUGCGAUGACUCAAAGAGAAGCUACGCCAACUGGGAAUCACAUCCUUCCUCCUUCAACUGGUUGGAGAAGCAUCUAAAUCGCUACGACGGAAGCAUCAUGGAGCCGGAAGGAGCGACGAGUAACCUGUCAGAUCUGGUCAGCAACUGGUCUAUUGCUCCUCCCAAUCCACAUGCCGGUCCAUGCGACGCCUAUAUCUGCCCUCCGAUGGCUAACUACGUGGCCUCCGAUGUCGUCAAGCAUGAGAUUCCAAUAUCACCAUCAUAUCCGAGCCAUGGAAUUGUGGGGGAGAUCAGCACAAGCUAUGCUCCGUCUUGCGAUCAGGAAACCGGAGCUGCCACACCAUUCUUUCCCAGGUCGCACAGUCCUGGUAGCACCAGAUACCAGAUGACCUUCUGCAGUGGAAUGGCAGAGGUUCCGUUGUCCUGCCAUAGCAAUUCACGAGCUUCAAAGCCUCAUGCAAAGGGCUCAGAUCUGUGUGAUGGAAGCAAGGAAGGAUAUGUAUGUUCAUCAAUGAGAGGAAAUGGUAGGGGCAGCGGAACAACUGAAGGGAAGAAUAAAAGGUCUGAAGACACUUCAGAGACAGUCCUCAAGAAGUCCAAGUACGACAGCUCGAUGGUUUCAUCUGAUAAGGUGCCCAAGGUAAAGGUUGCAGAAAAAAUCAGUGCUCUCCAACAGCUUGUGUCACCAUUUGGGAAGACAGAUCAAGCAUCUGUGCUAAUGGAAACUGUCAAGUGCAUCAGAAGUUUACAGGAUCAAGUACAGUUGCUAAGCGACCCGUACCUGAAGUCAAGUGCCAGUAAGGAUCACAAUUCAUGGGGAGAAUUGCAGAGGAAGGACAAGGCCGAAGCAAAACAUGAUCUAAGGAGUAGAGGGCUUUGCUUGGUUCCUGUUUCUUCCAUCCCUCAAGUCCACAGAGACAAUAUAAGACCAGAUUACUGGAUGCCAACAUACAGAAGCUGUUUGUAUAGAUAAGCGCAUGGAGAAGCUCUGCAUUAACUCUGUGUUUAACUACAGGAGAAGAGGUUGCUGGUAAACCACCAAUUCUGACAAUAAAUUGGGUAGGUUUUUGAUGGCCGUAGAAGAUUGAGAGAUCUGUAUCCUGUCAAUCCAGUUUGCGACUAUAAUAUGAUGUGUACUUGCAGCAUUCUUGCAUUAUGAACAAAAUAAGCUUAUCAUGAGAAUUCUUGUGGUAAGUUUGUGGAA